UCGGCCGCUUCCUCUUCUUCCGCGAAGCAGCGGCCCGGGGCAGAAGCACCCCUUACCUCCCCAAGCGCGUCGCGAUUCUUUUGCCGGGAUCCGGCGCGGAUCGAAUCCGCUGCCCGCCCAGCCACCGCCGCCGCCGCCGCCGCCGGGUCCUCCCCCGAUCGGGUCCCCCUCCCGUUCGCUCCCCGCGCCCCGCGCAUUUGAUGAGUAUUUCUCUCCCCGCCCCUUGGUGGAUGCGAGGGAGUUGCCCGGGCUCGACCCGCCGACUCCACCCCGAUCUCCCCGCCGCCGCGCCGCCCACCGCCAUCCCCUGCUCCCGCCGCCCGUCCCCGGACCCAUGGGCUAGGGGCCCCCCGUGCUUCGCCCUCGCACCGUCGCCCGCCCGCGGAUCGGCUCCUUUUGAUGCGGGUACUGUGCUGCGCUUCCCGGCGACGCGAGCGUGCUGCUGCUGCUGCUGCUCUCUGGGGAUGUGAACGCUGCCCUGGGUGGGGAUCCAGCUCGCGCUAGAUUUUCACCCCUUUUUUGCCUUUCACUUUUCGCUCGCUCGGGGAGGGUAGAGAUAGAGAGCGAGAUAGACCGGGUUCCCCGGGUGAUUAACGCCAAUCGCCGAGAAGGAUUAUUCCGCCGUAUGUUCUGAUUUCCAGUUCCGUGCUGUUAAUGCAAGUGCUGGGGAGGCAAAGUGGGGAUUGUAUUGCCGGUUUCGGGGACAUAUUCUUGGGACAUUCCCGCCCUGUGCAAAGAUAUCCCCGGCUCCGGGUUUAAUUAGUUUCAUGUUCGUAGUGGUGGUGGGGAGGGCGCAUAUCACGCAUUCCGGUUAUUCCAGGCAGCUGGGGAGAUGGGUUCCUCGCAGGAGUCCACCUUCUCGUCGGCCUCGGCCGCUGCACAGGUGGAUGCUUCCGCGCUGGACUUGCUCCCGGUCUAUGCCAAGGAGCUUAUCGCAGGCGGCGCUGCUGGUGCAUUCGCAAAGACUGCGGUGGCGCCGCUGGAGAGAGUCAAGAUCUUAUUACAGACGAGAACUGAAGGUUUCCAGUCCCUGGGGAUCCUCCAGUCCUUGAGGAAGCUGUGGCAGUAUGAGGGAGUUCGAGGCUUCUACAAAGGGAACGGUGCAAGUGUGCUUCGCAUUGUUCCUUACGCGGCAUUGCAUUACAUGACAUACGAGCAGUAUAGGUGCUGGAUAUUGAACAAUUUCGCUUCAUCAGUAGGUACAGGGCCCGUCGUUGAUCUUUUUGCUGGCUCUGCUGCUGGUGGGACUGCAGUUUUGUGUACAUACCCAUUAGACUUGGCUAGGACCAAGCUGGCAUACCAGGUUUCCAAUGUGGGACAAUCUGGCAAUGCUUUGGGAAAUUCUGGUCAACAACAAACAUAUAACGGCAUAAAAGAUGUCUUUAAGACUGUUUACAAGGAAGGUGGCGCACGAUCUUUAUAUCGUGGAGUAGGGCCAACUCUGAUUGGUAUUCUUCCAUACGCUGGCUUGAAAUUUUACAUAUAUGAAGAUCUGAAAUCUCGAGUUCCAGAAGAUUACAAGAAAUCUGUUAUACUGAAGCUCUCUUGUGGAGCUUUAGCUGGUCUAUUUGGACAAACCCUUACUUAUCCACUGGAUGUUGUCCGGAGGCAAAUGCAAGUUCAGAGCAAGCAGCCUCAAAAUUCAAGUGAUGGCUUCCGAAUAAGAGGAACUUUCCAGGGUCUCUCGCUCAUCAUUAGGUGCCAAGGAUGGAGACAGCUCUUUGCCGGCUUGAGCCUUAACUAUGUUAAGGUUGUCCCUUCGGUAGCAAUCGGUUUCACAACAUAUGACAUGAUGAAGGCAUUGCUAGGAGUUCCUCCCCGAGAGAGAGUCCAUGCAUCAGGUGCUAGCAAAUGAAGCAAUGUUCAGCUUCCUUGUGUUAGGACCAAUGAGCUCGAGGAACUCCAGUCUGUGGCGUUAUCGUUCUUGUUAUGAAUCAUAUCUUUAUGUUGCAUAGGAUGGAAAUCAUUGUAUAUUGGUCGAUUGGAUCUGUGCAUGUAACAUUCUUAUGAAUUGCUCAUAACAUCAAGUAUGGUACUUGUAAUUUGUAACCGUAAAUACAGUGACAACAAGAGAUUGCUGUACAUUAACUAUACUAGAUUGGUACCAUGAUUGGAGAUUCUGAUCAGGAUUUUUUAACCCAGUA